UGCGACACAGUUGAAAAUGGAUACCAAUGCCAUCCUGCGAAAUCCCAUUUCUGGGGCCAAUACUCCCCUUACCACUCCCUCAACGACUCAUACACUCAAAGAUCAACCGCCCACCUUUGGGAACAAUGCGCCAUUUCGUCUGCCCAUGUCCUCUCCCGUCAUGGUGCAAGAUACCCAACCCUCGGGAAAUCUCUCAUAUAUGCACAACUUGUAGCGCGACUACAGUCUCAAAUACCCCAGACGGCGAUGAUCGGCAAAUGGGGCUUCCUGCGCACAUACAACUACACCUUAUCCAUCCAUUCCGAUCUAUUGAGCGAGUUCGGACAGCGCCAGAUGUACAACAGUGGACUCCGCUUCCAUGACCUGUAUGGCUCACUAUUCAGCCCUGAUGAACUGAACCUGUUCGUCCGAGCCGGCGACCAGAACCGCGUCGUCGAGUCCGCGCUCAACUUCACCCAGGCCUUCUGGUCAGCCGCAACGCCGAAAGCGCCCCAUUCCAGCGCGACCGAUGAACCGAUUCCAAUCCUUCGUAUUCCCGAGAAGCCACGCGAGAACAAUACCCUGCACCACUCGUUAUGCGCGCCGAUUGAGACGGGGGAAUAUAGCGACCUCGGGAGCCAUGCACAGGAGGAAUGGCUGGCGCACUUCGGGCUACCGAUUUCGACUCGGUUGAACGAGGAGCUUCCUGGCGCGUCGUUGACCGCGAAUGAUGUCGUCAGCAUGAUGGAGCUCUGUGCCUUUGAGACGGUCACCCGCCAGCCGCCGCAGGGAGAGCUGGCGGGGUUCUGCCACGGCUUUACGGUCGCGGAGUUUGCGGAAUUGGAUUACUAUCAUAGUCUAGGGAAGUACUACGGAUAUGGGAGUGGGAAUCCGGUGGGGGCGGCGCAGGGUGUUGGUUGGGUGCGCGAGUUGAUUGCGCGGUUGACGGAGCAGCCGGUCAAGCAUGCCGGAAGCAUCAAUACGACGCUCGACUCCGAUCCAGCGACAUUCCCCCGCGGAGGGAAGUGGAAGCUCUAUGCCGACUUCAGUCAUGACAACGACAUGUCUGGUCACCUCGCGGCUCUGCGUCUAUACAAGACGCGGCUGCGCAAUAAUACGAGGCAGCAUCCGUAUGAUUCGGACGGGUACUCGGCAUCUUGGACGGUCCCGUUCGCGGGGAGGAUAUACGUGGAGAAGUGGAGGUGUGGGGAGGAAGAUCGGAUCAGAGUAUUGGUCAACGAGAGGGCCAUGAAUUUACCAUGGUGCCGAGGCAAAUCUCAAGCAGAUGGUGAAGACAUGACUUGUGCAAUUCAGGAUUUCGUGGAUGGGCUGAUGGAGAUGGGAGAUUGGGGAUGGGACGAAAAGUGUUUCCCUUGA